AUGGCCCUACUCUGGCAAGCAAAGCCCGGGUGCCCUGUUCAUCUGCGGGAUACGGUUGAGCGCUUCGUCAACGAUAGAGACCCUGCCUGGCGCCUCCCCCCUACUCGUAAAGGAGAGGUAUUCGACUCAUUCGAUCAGUGCCAGGAGCGUUUAAACGUAUUCGCAAUGGUUGAGGGUUUCGCAGUAACUAUUCGAGGCGCCGGAGACCCUCGAAAUCCGUGGUUAUCGAAGACCUCCCUAGGCGUUGGGGUCAAUAAGAAGGAGGGAGGGAAGGACCGUACGCGCGCUUCGAGCUCUGCUUUGAUAUGCUCUGGGGGCGCUUCUACUGCGGCAGAGAUACCCCAAUUUGGCUCUAGAGACGUUUCUGUUGUGACAGGGCAGCAGAAUGAGAUACUCAUCAUCAGAGCAACGCCGCCGCCGCCCACAGAGGAGUCAGUUGCUAGGGUAACGCCGUUACCAUUCAAGGAUAGCCUGCCUGCACCCGAGGAGGAGGAGGAGGAGGAGGAGGAGGAGGAGGAGGAGGAGAAUCCAUUCAUUCUACCCGCCUCAACAGCUCCUGCUCUACUGCAGACGAAUGCACGGCCAAAACGGGCUAGAGGACCUACUCUGGACUACAAGGCUAUGCACGAGGGCAAGCAGGAUCAGCCAAAACGAGGCAAAUAG